CCAGUCUGGGGUUACGGUUUCCUCUGCGUGACCGUCAUCUCCCUCUGCUCGCUGGUGGGAGCCAGCGUGGUGCCCUUCAUGAAGAAGACCUUUUACAAGCGGCUGCUCCUCUACUUCAUAGCUCUGGCGAUUGGAACUCUCUACUCCAACGCCCUCUUCCAGCUCAUUCCCGAGGCGUUUGGAUUCAACCCUCAAGAGGAUUAUUACGUUUCCAAAUCCGCCGUGGUGUUCGGGGGCUUCUACCUCUUCUUCUUCACGGAGAAGAUCCUGAAGAUGCUCCUGAAGCAGAAGGACCAGCACCACCACGGGCACAGCCACUACGGCCCGGAGGCUCUGCCGUCCAAGAAGGACCAGGAGGAGGGGGUCACCGAGAAGCUGCAGAACGGGGACCUGGACCGAAUGAUCCCGCACAUCCCCAGCGAGCUGGAGUGCAAGGCGCCCUCCGGGGAUGAGAAGGUUGUGGUGGGCUCCCUCUCCGUCCAGGACCUGCAGGCCUCGCAGAGCGCGUGUUACUGGCUGAAGGAGGUGCGGUACUCCGACAUCGGCACGCUGGCGUGGAUGAUCACCCUCAGCGACGGGCUCCACAACUUCAUCGACGGGUUGGCCAUCGGGGCCUCCUUCACCGUCUCCGUCUUCCAAGGGAUCAGCACCUCCGUGGCCAUCCUCUGCGAGGAGUUCCCGCACGAGCUGGGUACGGGAGUCCUCAGGGCGGGGGGGGAAAGCCACUUCUCUGCCAACUGGAUCUUCGCUCUGGCUGGAGGGAUGUUUCUGUACAUCGCCCUGGCUGACAUG